CUGCUCUAUCAAAGUGCCCAAUCCCAGAAUACCAGCCAGCCGCAUUGGGUAAUGCACGCCAUAUCUCUAUUUCGCCGCGGCAGUCCCAUCCCAGACUAUGUUUAAAAUAUCGGCAAUUCGGCGUGCAGAGUCGCGGAUACUGACAGUUCCCCUUGACGCUAUCGACAUGCGCGCCGACCGCUUCCUUCUCAAGCACAUAUCGGCGCCCUCGCCACUGCUGUACAAACUCAUGCGUAAAAAGACCGUAGCCGAGGUGCACCCCGAUGGGACAAUCCAGCGUCUGACUGGCUCUGACCGCGUGUUCCCAGGCAUGCGCAUCCGCAUCCCAAAACUGCCAGUGCUGUUUGAGAACAAGGCAAUGGCAGUAUUUCUAAAGCCCUCCGGGAUUGCAUGUCAGGGAGGCAGCAAAAUUGGGAAAGGGGAUUCAAUUGACGCUAUGCUGGGGGCGGUGGACAGUAGCGAGGAGUCAGGGUACAAGCUGGUGCAUCGGCUGGACCUGCCGACGUCAGGCGCGCUGGCUGUGGCACGUGGACGACUAGCGGCGAUGUAUGUCGCUGUUCUGCAAGGGAUCCCAGCCAUGUCCAAGGGCGUCAUCGAUCACCCGCUGGUGGAAAGGAACGUGGACGUGGUGCCCGCCAGCGACGAGAACAGAGAUAGGGCAAAGGAGGCGAUCACAAAGUUCCGGGUGCUCAAGACAGGCAAGCACGACGGAACAACCGUGUCCAUCGUCGAGUUUGACAUUCUGACUGGGCGCAAGCACCAGAUCCGCGUGCACUGCUCUGGUGUGCUUGGAUGCCCUGUACUGGGCGACUCGAAAUACACGCCCAAGGGCAUGGUGAAAUCAGCGCAGAUGCAUUUGCAUCUGUUCAAGCUUGCCAUUCCGAAUCUGGGCUCCUCCAAACCGGAGAUGGUCACUUGUUCCACUCAUUAG